AUGGCCGAUAUUCUCCUCGCAUUCAAGGCUGGCAGGGCUUUCAGAAGAGAAGGGACAAACAUGGUCGACCCGGUCGCUGGCAAGGGCGCUAUUAUGAUCACCAAUGGAGAGGAUGGACUCUUGCAUUUCAUUUGGAAAAACAGAGUCACCAAUGAUGUCGAAGAGGACUUGAUUCUUUUCCCCUCGGAUGCAAGUUUCAUCAAAGCAGCAGGGCGCACGUAUGUUUUGAAAUUCUCCUCGUCGAAUCAGAGACACUUUUUCUGGAUGCAGGAUGCUUCUUCAGAACGAGAUGACGAGUUUGUGCGCAAUGUGAAUGGCCUUUUAGAGGAUCCAGAAUUUGUUCCAACCUGGGGAUCACCGUCGACGUCGGCUCAAGCGUCAACGUCCUCCCAAGCUGCCUCUUCAUCGUCCGCUCCCUCACAAUUCCAAGCAACGCCAGAACAAUUAGAACAAUUGCAAUCGAUACUUACGUCAAUGACAGCAGGGACGGGCGGCGCUCAGUCUGGCAUCCCAGAGAUGUCUCUCUCCGACAUCCUUACACCCGAGAAUAUCACCCCACUAUUCACUACUCACCCUUCACUCAUUCCAGCGCUUUUCCCUCAUCUGCCGCCUGACCUCCCAACACCUCCUACGCCAGAAGCCGUCCGGCGCGUGAUUGGUUCUCCACAAUUUCGAGCUGCUGUUUCGAACUUCGAUCAAGCAUUGAGGACUGGCCUUUUGGGUGGGCUUGUGAGAGGGCUAGGGUUACCGGAAGAAGCAGGUACAGGAAUUGGCCCAUUCCUACGUGCUGUGCAAGAACAGGCGGAUAGCCAGAAUCAAGCAGGAGAGGACCAGAUGGAUACAGAUUGA